CCUGCAUACACACUUUUGAGAAAGAUAGAUAUAGACCCACAUAGAUAUAUUCAUAUAUAUAUACGAUUUGUGUGUGUGUGUGUGUGUGUGUGUGAGAGAGAGAGAGAGAGAGAGAGAGAGAGAGAGAGAGAGAGAUGCGGAACAGAGGUUGUUGUUCUGAUCUGGUUUGUAACUAUGGGUACAUUGUGGGAAUUGUAUUUCUGAGCGUUUGGAUCAACGGAGUGAGAGGUUCGAUCCACGAAUACAAGAACGAAGCUUUCAUUCCUCGUUUCAAUUCCUUCUUCUUCCACGGAGGUAGUGAGGGACUCUAUGCUUCCAAAAUCGUCGACACCACCGAAGAUAAACCCCUCAAUGGCAAGUCCUUCAUCAGGUUUGAGUCUAUUACCUUUCGAAGGACAGAGGAGAUUUCCAAUAAACAGAAUGAGAUGCAGCAAAGUACUGGAUUGGUUGAAGCCAUAAUAGUUGAGGUCAAAGACAGGGAUAAGAUUGGUGGCGCUUAUCUAAAUUCCGAUGCAAUAUGUUGUUCCCCAGCUCUUGCCAAUGAUGGAUCCUGCAAGUUAGGAGAGGUUAUUAUCCGCCAAGAUCCUGAUAACCCUGGCUGGCCAAAACGGAUUCCCACCCCCUUUGAAGGAAAAAACAACGAUGCCAACAUGGAGCUUCAAACUAUUGAGGUCAAUAAGACUGGAAUGUACUAUUUGUAUUUUAUCUUUUGUAACCCUGAACUCAAGGGAACAUUAAUAAGUGGGAAAACUGUUUGGAGGAAUCCAGAAGGUUAUCUACCUGGGAAGAUGGCACCACUGAUGACAUUUUAUGGCUUUAUGUCUCUCGCAUACCUUGUUCUUGGUCUUCUAUGGUUUCUUCAAUUCGUGCAACACUGGAAGGAUAUAAUACAAUUGCACUACCACAUCACAGCUGUGAUUGGUCUGGGAAUGUGUGAAAUGGCUCUCUGGUAUUUUGAAUAUGCAAAUUUCAAUGCCACUGGAAGCAGACCAAUGGGAAUUACUCUUUGGGCUGUUACCUUCAGUGCUUUCAAGAAGACAGUUGCUCGUCUUCUUCUUUUAGUGGUUUCUAUGGGUUAUGGUGUUGUACGACCCACCCUAGGAGCUAUAACUUCAAAACUGAUUCUUCUUGGUGUGACAUACUUUGUGGCUUCUGAGGCUCUUGAGCUUGUUGAACAUUUGGGGAAUAUCAAUGACUUUUCUGGAAAAGCAAGGGUUUUUCUGGUGCUACCGGUUGCUGUAUUGGAUGCCUGCUUUAUCCUUUGGAUCUUUUCGUCAUUAUCUAAAACUUUGGAGAAACUUCAGAUUCGGAGAAGCAUGGUCAAACUUGACCUCUACAGAAAGUUUACAAAUUCUCUAGCAGUAUCAGUCCUUUUUUCUGUUGCUUGGAUUGGAUAUGAGUUGUACUUUAACGCAAGUGACCCAUUGAGUGAACUGUGGCGAAGAGCCUGGAUCAUCCCAGCUUUCUGGACUAUGCUGGCAUACAUACUUUUGUGGGUGAUCUGCAUUCUCUGGGCUCCUUCAAAUAACCCAACUAGGUAUGCAUACUCAGAGGAGACUGGCGAUGACCUUGAUGAGGAGGGUAUUUCUCUAACUGGCGCCGGAGGAAAGGUGGCUGCAGAAUUAUCAACCAAGAUGGAAAGAAAGGAAAGGAAGGCAUCAAUUGCAGCAGAUCAUUUGUUUGGGCUAGGAGAAGAUCUCGAGGAGGACAAGAGAGAAUGAUGCACAUCUUCAGAUCAUAGCAUUCCACAUAGAUUGAGAAGUUCGCCAUUUUAUAUACCUUUUGAUUCUUUUUCAGUAAAAAGGACUGAGGAAAACAAGUGCAAUAAUAUGAUCAAAUGGCAAAUUUACAGCCCAGAUCAGGCCCGUCUGCCACAUUCUUCAAGGCCAUCGUUAGAAAUUAAAUGUGAAAGAGGGUUUUUGGGUAGGUGAUAUGAUAGUUAGCCCUGUGUUGUCCUUAGUGACAUAUUACUGGAAGAAAUGUUAGAAGUGUUUAGAAGGAGAGCUUGGUAGGAGCUCUUUCCCUGAAAAGAGGCAUGUGAUCAACCAGGUUGAUGAGAACCUAUUGUGGGUUGGAGAAAGGAAUUUAAACCAUUAAGGCACUUUUCACCUUGUUUCAACCUGGACAGGGCAAGACCAUGUCCAACUAUUGUCUGAGAGAAUGACUUAUAUUCUUGCCAUUGUAUCGGAUGUGAUAUCCCUCCUGAAGUUUUUUAUGAUUCUUGAUAUGAUCUGAAGACUCUUGAUGUUGAAUUUUGAUGCUUCAGUGCUUGAACUCAUUCCUGUUUGCUCAUUUUGGCAAAUCUCCAUGAUAUUGCUUGUCCUAUGAUGAACUCUUCGCUCUUGCUUUAAAUGUUAGCAACAACAUUUGUACUGUUAGAAGAGAGAUUUCA